GAUUCAAGCUUUGCUUCUGAAAUCUUAAAAGCUCACAAUGAUAAACGUUCUCAAGAUGGUGCUUCUCCAUUAUCUUGGUCUAAAAAAUUAGAACAAUAUGCUCAAGAUUACGCUGAUAAAUACGACUGUUCAGGUGGUUUGACCCAUUCAGGUGGUCCAUACGGUGAAAACUUGGGUCUUGGUUAUUCAACUUCAGGUGUUGUUGAUGCUUGGUAUGGUGAAAAAUCAGACUAUAACUCAAACUCUCCAUCAGCUUCUCAUUUCACCCAAGUUGUUUGGAAAUCAACCACCCAAUUAGGUUGUGCUAAGAAAGAAUGUGGUAGUUAUUGGGGUCAAUAUACUGUUUGUUCAUACGAUCCAGCUGGUAAUGUUGCUGGUGGUUAUGCUCAAAAUGUCCAAUAA